ACCAUGGAGCUCCUUUUCAGGAGAAAGCGGCUCGGUCUGCUGAAGCCCCUUCUCAGCCUCUCUCUGUUCUUCGCCUCGCUCCUCAUGAUCCACAAGCUCAGACUCCCCGAGAAGGACGCCACGGGGACGUAUAGGAGACACAUCGGCUGGUGUGGAGACUGUUUUUCAUUCAAGAAGACCGCCGCCAAGCACUCUUGGCUGAACCACACAACGCUCCGAGGAGUCUCCAACCGGACCGGCCCUUUCUGGAAUGCGCAGGUGCUCAACUGCAGCGAGGACGCCACGGUGAGGACCAAGGACUGGUUUCGGAGGUUGGACUCACGGUUUCACCAGUUCGUCCUGCACCGGCACUGCAGGUACUUCCCGAUGCUCAUCAACCACCCGGAGAAGUGCUCAAAUGGCGGGGUGCACCUCCUCAUGGUGGUCAAGUCUGUAAUCGAGCAGCACGACCGGCGCGAGGCGGUGCGUAAAACCUGGGGCAAGGAACACACUGUAGACGGUAAGAGCAUAAAGACCCUCUUUCUUUUGGGGAGCCCCGCUGUAGGCAAAGACACAAAGAACCUACAGAAACUAAUCGAGUAUGAGGACCGCAUCUACGGGGACAUCCUGCAGUGGGACUUCAUGGACACGUUCUUCAACUUGACCCUGAAGGAGGUCAACUUUCUUAAAUGGUUCAACAUCUACUGCCCAGGAGUCCAGUUUAUAUUCAAAGGAGACGAUGACGUGUUUGUGAACACCAACAACCUGCUGGACCUCAUCGGCUUCAAGGUGGAGGAGCACAAGGAGACCACUUUGUUUGUGGGGGACACCAUCUCCAAAGCCAUACCCAUCAGGAACAGACAGAGCAAAUACUUCAUCCCCAGGGAGCUCUAUGAUAAGCCCUACCCUCCUUACGUAGGAGGAGGAGGAUUCCUCAUGUCCUCCCAGCUGGCCAGGAGGCUCUUCGUGGUCUCCGAGGACCUGGAGCUGUAUCCCAUAGACGACGUAUUUUUGGGCAUGUGUCUGCAGAGACUGCGUCUGAGCCCGGAGAUGCACUUGGGUUUCAGAACUUUCGGCAUCACCAGGCGCAGGGUGAGCCCCAUGAACAGCGAGCCGUGCUUUUACAAGAACCUCGUGGUGGUGCACAAACUGAGCGCUCAGGAGCUCGUCAAGAUGUGGAGGCUGGUGCAUGACGAGGAGCUGGUUUGUGCUCAAAGGACGUCUGUAUGA